AUGUUCUUUUCACUAUUCUUGGCAAUCAUAAUUGGAAUUUUGUCAACAGUUAUAUUGGGCCAAAACGCUUCUCCCGUGUCAACAGCUUCUCCUGUGUCAACAGCUUCUCCCGUGUCAACAGCUUCUCCCGUGUCAACAGCUUUUCCUCCGUCAAUAGGUUCUCCUGUGUCAACAGCUCCUCCCUUCCCAAUGGUGACAACAGCUUCAACUUCUGAUUUAAUGCAAGAAUUAAAAACAUCGAUGAUCAGUAGUACAGUUUCAAGUCCUGAAAAUUUUUUCGUUUGCUGGAAGCUUUUAUCAUGUCCGUGGCAUCCGCACCAACACUGCCAUUGUCCGCCUUACGCACAUAUUUGUUAUGGGCCCUAUACGAAGCUAGUUUGUCCGAAAGGAAUUCACAAUGGAGGAGAGGUCGGCAGUAAUCUGUGGUGA